CGUCCAUCAGCUCUUUUCUUCUCUGUUUGUUCUGCAGAGGAAAUCUGAUCAGCUGAUUGUUGACCCCCCCUUCAGACCCCCCUCCCUCCUCUUCCUCGUCCCCUCGUCCCCUCUGGUCCUCCAGACUUCAGUCCCACCAAGGAGCUCGAGAGGACCACAUAACCAACUGAGAUAACAGUAAUCCAGGAGCCAAUCCAAGGAGUUUGUUGCGGUUAGGAUGGCGAGCAGCGUGCUGAGGAUGAUGGGGAACGUUUCGGUGUUGACUCUGACUCAUCCAAAGUUAUCCAUGAAAGAAACUACGAGGACGGUUUACAGCAAACCCCCAAGGAACAGGAUCGGAGCUGCGCAAAGCUUCUUUGUCAUGUCGGUGUUCGCGGUGGCCUUGUUCACUCCUGCUGCGUGGAUCCUUCAUCACCUGCCAGAGUACCGCAAGAGGUCCAGACAGAGUCCGAGAUCCUGAACACCUUCAUCAUCAUAAUCAUCAUAAUCAUCACCAU